AUGGAGAAUAGACAUCUGUUGCAAGCAGAAGCCAGUUUUAAAGAUUGGCCAUGCUCGUGGAUAACACCGGAAAGACUGGCAGCAGCUGGAUUCUAUUACACGGGCGAAGAAGAUAAGGUAAAAUGUUUCGAAUGUAAACUUGAAAUAAGCAAAUGGGAAACGAAUGACAAUCCACUGGCCGAUCAUCAACGGUGGUCCAGACGAUGUCGAUUUGUUGAAAACUUAUCCUACGGCAACGUAGCCAUUUGUGUGGAUUCUAGCACAAUUCCGAAAAAUAUGGACGAAGCAGACGAGAAAUCCACGUGUUUUAUGUCCGUUUCCGAUUUGGAUGAUGCUACCGAGAACAUUGGAAUAUUAAACAAAAUAUUGUCGAAACCGAAAUAUCCACAAUUUGGCACUUAUGAAGCAAGAAUCAAUACAUUUGAAGCAUGGCCAAAAUCAUCAAAACAAACAAAACAAGAUCUUGCAAAUGCUGGAUUUUAUUACACGGGGAGAGAUGAUCAGACGUUGUGUUACUAUUGCGGAGGAGAAUUGAGAGAUUGGAAUCCAGAAGAUGUUUCCUGGGAGCAACAUGCAAAGUGGUUUGAAUACUGUCCGUUUCUAAUUGUUUGCAAAGGACGCGAUUACAUAAACACAGUCAUCAACGGAACAUAUACACGGAACAAUUCAAUUAAUUCAUCCGAAGAAAUACAAGAAGCAGAUGAGAAAUCGGACGAAGAUACUAGCAUAUUGCAGCAGAAUUUUAUAAUAUACGCAUAA